AUGACAUCUCUCACCAACUACAAAUAUGCCCACUUCAUCGUGACGUCGCCGGGCCCCUACGUCGCGCACGUGGAGAUCAACCGCGCCUCCAAGCUCAAUGCCUUCCAUCGCAACAUGUGGCUCGAGUUCGGCGACAUCUUCGACAAGCUAUCCCACGACCCGGAGGUCCGCGCCGUUGUGCUCUCGGGGGCCGGCGACAAGGCGUUCACGGCGGGGUUGGAUGUUAAAGCUGCGGCCGAGGAGGGCGUUAUAGCAGGUGGCGGGGCAAGCGAGGAUGUUGCGAGGAAAGCGACGGCGUUGAAGAGGUAUAUUUUCGAGUUUCAAGAGUGUAUUACCAGGAUGGAGAAGUGCGAGAAGCCCGUCAUCUGCGUUCUCCAUGGUGUAUCGAUAGGCCUCGCCAUCGACAUCGCAACAUGCGCCGACAUCCGCAUCGCCGCUCAAAACGCCCACAUGGCCGUCAAGGAAGUUGACGUCGGUCUCGCCGCUGACAUCGGAAGUCUCGCUCGCCUGCCAAAGGUCGUCGGUAACUCUUCUUGGAUCAAAGACGUAUGUUUUACGGCCCGUCCCUUUUCGCCCGAGGAGGCCCUGGCUGUUGGGUUCGUGAGCCGCGUGUUGCCGGAUAAGAAGUCGGCGGUUGAGGCGGCGCUACAGUUGGCUGGGAAGAUUGCGGGCAAGAGCCCCGUAGCGGUGCAGGGGACGAAGGAGCUGCUGAAUCAUGCGAGGGACCAUUCCGUUGACGAGAAUCUACGAUAUACUGCCAUCUGGAACGCGGCCAUGGUGCAAUCAGAGGAUGUCAAGAAGGCCCUGAUGGCGGGGUUGACUAGGAAGACUCCGACAUUCGAGAAGCUUUAG